CUACACCUUGCGGCAGACGGCGAGAGGCUGCAUUUCGUCUCUUUUGCAUAGCGCGCAUCUCUGUACAAUGCACCUGGAGAAUAUACUGUAUAAUACCUGACGAUAUCACGACGCUAAGAAUGCCUCUCACCUGCCGCGACGAUACCCAAUCUUGUUAGGAUAUCCCCGACAUAGAAUUGCCAGUUCAAGUUGCCAGUUCAAAUUGCCAGUUCAUUUGCGCCCAUCGCCGCCCACACAAACCCGCACGCACGCCCCUCUCGCGACCCCAGGCACCAUGUGGAGCAGGUUCACGGGCAAGAGCGACAGCGGCUCGUCCACCCCUAAGAAAGAGGACGACGAAGGCCGCCGCCGUCGCAGCGAUACUGCGCGGUCGAAGCGCGAUCGCGACUCGGACAUGCGGUCGGUUGUAUCCUCGGCCUCGACGCGCAAGCCUUCGACGCGCCGCACUGAUAGCACACCUUCGACCAUUGCGAGCUACGCGACUGCCUUUGACGACAUGCCGCGCUCACGUGUGCCCAACAACGACGACCCCUACGAUGACCCUCGAGACGAGCGCAUGUCCCGCCGUGGCGACGGUCGAGACAGGCGGUCCAGCUAUGCAGAGUCCUCGGUGUCUGCUGCGCGCGACGGGAAGGAGCGCAAGAAGGAGCGGGAGCGCAGCAGCAAAGACAGCAAGAAGAGCGAGAAGCGCAGGUCGACGCGCUCCGACCGGUCGAGCGUGUCGCAGUCGCAGGCAGGCGGCUACCGGGGCGACAUUGUCGAAGAGCCGCGCGCACUGAACCGCAGCUCCAGCGCGCAGAUUGGCAGCGAGGCCUUCUCGCAGUUCCCUGGCCAGGUAGGUGCGCCAAUGAUGAGCGGCGCACUGCCAGCCGGGAGCACUCCCCAAAGCCAGUACCCAGCUUCACCCAAUAUGUCGAGUCACGUGCAGGACCAGUUUCCUGGCCAGGAUCCUGUGCAGUACUCGUCCAGUGCAAUGCCCGGCCACAACCCAUUCGGUGCUGCUGCCGACUUCUACUACGACCAGGGCCAGUCUGUAGGGAACCAGCCUGGUGUGAGACCCCAACCGCCUUCAGUCAUCAUAGGCCAGGACACGCCUCACCUCAUGGCUGCCUCAGCCCAGGCCAAUCCUGUCGCCGAUACUGGUGCUGGCUCGGCUGCUGAUUUCUAUGGCGACGGCUCGAAUCCACCCGCAUCUUCCUCAAAGCCUCCUCGCCCCACCUCCAUGCCAGGCGCUUUUGUCGACGACAAUGUUGCACCUCAAACGCCACCGCAACCGAGCGGCUCGAAGCCCAGCAAGACCAACAGCUUCCCCACCACUGCUGCAGGAUUAGCUGGUGGAGCUGCCUUGGGCUACGCUAUGGGUCACAGCUCGUCCAACACACAGCACUCUACUAGCUACAGCACUUCCAACGUGCACCACAAUACAUCAUACAGCGGCACUCACCCCAACGACACCUACAACAACACGACUCCCGCAGGCCCCAGCGGUCCAUCAUCUGUAUACCACCAAGGCGACUUGCCUUCCACCACUGCUGUUAAUGGUAGCUACAGCAACAUCCCUGCCUACCAAGAAGCUACGGCAGAGGCACCACCGCCAAAGCCCCCACGGCCUGGCAAGCCAGAGAAGCAGCCGAGCAGCUCGAACGCCGGACUCUAUGCUGCUGGAGCUGCUGGCCUCGCAGCCUACGCGCUGCAUAGUCAUAAUUCCCAUAAUGCGUCCGAUCACGCUCACCACACUCACAUGCAUACUCACAACCACACUCAUUCCAUGCCUGGUGCUUUCCCUGGUCAUGGUUUCAACGGCGCCGGUCCUUCGCCUAGCCCAUUUACGUCUGGCGGUAUGGCUCAUCAGCACCAACACACCGGUCCUGUCUCGAGGUUCGUAGACUGGUGGAAGGAUCACGAGGAUGUCCAGAAGAUGGAGGAGUACACCGAGUACAUUGGUGUAUGCAGAUACUGCUUCGAUCCUCGCUCUUCUGUCAUGGACGCCCCUCGCAAGCACCACUAUUACGAUCGCAGACGGCGCUCAGACGAGUACGACCGUCCCUCUGGCGGCAUCGACAAGAAAUCUCGGUACGGACUGAAAGAGAAGACCUCUCGCACCUCACUGUACUCUUCUGGUGACGACAAGCGAAGGAAGAGCAGCAGCAGUGGUGCAGGAUGGCUAGUUGCUGGCCUGGGUGGUAUGGGCCUUGCUACUGCUGGGAAGGCACUGUUUACUUCAGGCCGCAACGAUUUCGAUGAUACCUACAGCAUCAAGUCUGGUCGCGACAGUCAGUCACGCCACUCGCGCCGCAGUCGUAGCAGGGAGUCCGAGCGCAACAAACGCUACAGCUAUGGUAGUGCUGGUAUUCGUCACCGAAGCCGCUCUCAUGAUCGAGUCUCAAUCAUGUCGACAGGGGUGACCAAAGACAAGAAGGACUACAAGACUGUGAGGCGCCACGGCUCGCGGUCAAGUUCCAGCUCGAGAUCACGGGACAGGAAGUCUGGCCUUGGUACUGCGAUUGGCGCGGGGCUUGCUGGAGUCGCGCUUGGUGCGGCUACAAGACGAAAGAACGGGAGUCGCAGUCGCUCUAGGUCAGCUCACAAGGUCCACGUUCAGCACCGAAGGAAUAGCAGCAGUGAGGACGAGCGCCGACGCCGACGGUCACAACAGCUACGCCACAAGUCAUCACGAAGCUCAGCAUCUGGCGCCUCCUUCAUCGACAUCUCUCAGGAGCACCAGUCCCAAGGCGGCUUUCUCGGAGGGUUCUUCGCUGCACCGCCACCAAAGGAGAAGCGGGUCAAGAGGUCAAGCUCGACGCACAAGAAGAAAAAGAAGGGCUUCUUCAACUUUGGCAAUGGGUCAUCUUCGUCAUCCGAGUCCGACAUGGCCUUCGGCAGCGGAUUCGUGCGAAGGACGAAGACAAAGCGUUCUUCUCACAACCUCAAGAAACAAAGCUCGGAUGAGCGCCUCAAGGCUACGCUUGCUGGACUUGGCGCGACUGCAGCGGCUAUUGCAGUUGCUAAGGCCAAUCGACGCAACAUCGGCAAGCCUGAAUCUGAGGUCGUGGCAGUACGUGAACGUCGUAGUCGCCAAAGGAGCAGCGAUCGUCGACGACCUGGAGCUACCUCACAGUACGGCGAUGACGAGUGGGAAGAUCUGCCCGACAAUGGCACAUCUUCAUCUGCCAGUGAUGGCGACCUAGUGUAUGGAGACCUCGACUUGCGCAAGACUCAGAGCCGAGAGUCGCUCAACUCCAAUGGCUCGGGCACAAACAAAUGGGGUUGGCGAUGGGGCUUCGGCAAGAAGAAGAGGCGGUCAUCUGACAAUCUCUACGACAAUAUUGCAAGCACAUCUCUUGCUCGUCCUGCUGCAGCUGGUGCGAUUGGUGCAGCAGCAGCAGCAGGUGUGGCUGCUUCACGUCUAUCGCACCACGAUAGUGAGUCGAGUAGCCAGCACACGCUACAGACCGUGUAUCCAGUCGCCUCAAACGAUCCGACAAGCUUCGAUGCCAGACGCACUAGCUUGAUCUCCACGCCUCAGGCUCUUGUUACUACUGGCCCCGGCGCGAUCAGUCUACAGCAGCCUCAGCCAAUGCACCAGGUUCCCGGUUCCAUCUACUCUACUCAGCCCACAUCUCAACAAGGCUACACAGCACCAGCUGGGCCUCCAGUCUUUUCGCAAGUACCUAUUCCGCCGUACCCAAUGCAAGCUCAGGCUCAAAACAUCAUCAUCAACAACCAUCAACACUCGGCCCCUCCAGCAUUGCCACGUCGCGCAAACUCAUCGCCAAUCCAGAAGUCAUCGUGGAAGAAGGAUGUAGCUAUUGCAGGCCUUGCGGCAACUGCUGGAGCAGCUGCCAUUGUUGCUGCCAAGGGCAGUGACAGUGACCGCCCAUCUAGCGCGCAAAGCAACGUGCGCUUUAACCUGACCAAGGAGCAAGCUGCCAAGGACGCUCGCGAGCGCCGCAAAGAGCAAGACCGCAAGGAUGAAGAAGAUGACAGACGCCGCGCUCAACAGCAAAGAGACGAUGAUCUGCGUAGAGAGGAAGAGGAGCGUCGACGGCACGAGGAUGAACUUCGUGCAGCUGAAGACGAGCGACGACGCGAACAACUCCGCCGAGAAGAUGAUCUGCGUCGAGCCGAAGACCUUCGUCGAGACGAGGACGAGCGCCGCCGACGUGAGCUGCAACGCCAACAGGAGGAAGCUCGUAAGUUCAUGGAAGUAGAACGCCUUGCCAAGAUCGAGACCGACCGUCUUGAGGCAGAGCGACGCCGCCAGCACGACGAGAUGGUGGCGCGCGAAACUCAAGAGGCGGAAGAUCGAGACUGUCGAGAACGUGAAGCUCGAGCUGAGGCACAGCGCAGAGAUGCCCUGGAGCGCGAGGAGGAGCAAAGGCGUAGGGAGCGUCGCGAAGCUGAAGCCAUCGAGGCCGAAAGGCGCGAAGCUGAGAUCCGCGCAGACAUGGACCGUCGACGACGCGAGGAGGAUCGUUUCGACAGUGACCGCGAUCGACGCAGACUGGACUAUCAGCCCACAGGGAGCUCAGUCAAUUCGGUGGCCACCGAUGUCCGGCGCAAAGAGCAAGAAUUGCAGGAUCGCGAGCGCGAUCUGGUUAAGCCGGAUGCCUGGAAGUCUACUGCGGCAGGAGCUGUAGCUGCAGGAGCUGUUGCAGCCAUCACAAGCGCAGCAAUUUCGUCGCACAAGGACAAGGGCAAGGAGCGUGAACAGCGUCGUGAGAACUGGCGCGAUACAUCGUCGUCUGAGAAGGAGAUCGAACCAUCUUACCAGACUUACAAGCCAAGCAAGGCGAUCGAGUACGAGCCGAGCAGCGUCAAGACGUAUGAGCCGAGCUACGCUCAGAUCGAGCCAAGCAAGAUCGCCCAGGACUACGCGGACGAAGAUAUCUUUGACCCUAACAUGUUCAAGAAGGAGACAACUAAGGAUGUCUUCAAAGACUGGGAAGACAGGUACACUGCGAAGCCAGUAUCUCAGGCAGAUUUCUUUGCUCCCAAGGACCUUCUCGAGAAUGACAACUUGCCCAAAGUCCGCCCUAUCGAUCCCAAUGAGGGGGCUCCUGACCUACAUGUCUACGAAUCGCUUGACGACUAUGGAGCUAGCCAGCCAAAAGGUCCGCCAUAUCCUCCUUCAUACUCGUUUACCGCAACCAGAGACGGCCAUGGCCCGCCCAUGCCCGAUCCCAUUCCCACCCUGAACCUAAUUCAAGCCACGCCUCCUGGUAGUAGGGCGCCAUCGAUUCGCAGCGUAUCCAUGCCCCCUUCACCGAACAUCGAACCUGUGCAGGAGAAGGAAGAGCCACGGCCAAAGAACGCACCUUCAAGAGUCAGCUGGGGCGAGAACCAGUUCCAUCACUUCGACGUGCCGACCCCUGAGUCUUAUAAGGAGCAAUUCAUUUCGGACCGCGAGCUGAAGGAGCACGAUAAGAAGUAUUCUCAAGACGAAGUUAUUGUCGAGCAUGACUCGCCCAAGUCUAGGCAGAAGACAACGACUUACCAGCCUGGAGCCGAGUCGAAAGCUCCAGAGCCAAAGGAGAUUGCGCCGAGCACACAGUAUGUUCCGGACAGGAAAGACGAGUCCACAUGGGACAGCACCGAAAGCGCUAUGUCGAGGAAGUCUAGCAAGAAGGACAAAAAGGCAAAGAAAGCUGCUGCUGCGGCUGCCGUUGCAGCAGGUACAGCAGGUGCGUUGACUGCAGCAGCGAUCGCGCGGAAUGAUAAGGACGACGAUCCUAGUGACUGGGAUUACAAGCAUGCCGACAACCGUUCGACCAUCAGCAAUCCGUUCUCGGACUCGAAUGCUGCACGGUCUACCAUUGCUGCGUCUACUGUCUCGUCCAUUCCGUCGAUGGGCGCAGAGUACAAGUCGCCGUCGCCUUACUUCGAUUACAUCACCGAGUCUGAGACAGGUGUGCCUUCUUUCUCAAAGUUCAAGGACACGACUUUUGACGAGCGCAAUGUCACCGCUGUUCCAGAAGAGCUGCACAUGCCUGGCGAGUUCAUUGAGUCGCCCUCGAUUAGCAAGUUCGCCGAGCCUACGAAGAAGGCGGCCGAGGAGGACGAUUGGGCGGCUCCUUCAUCGAAGAAGAGCAAGAAAGGUAAGCGGAAGAGUAAGAAUGCUGAUGAGGAAGUAGUAACGCACGCCAUUUCACGAAGGGUGGAGUCGGAGCCAGCCCGCGCUCCAGAGCCACCACAGGAGGAGUUCCUACGCACGAUGAGCAAGAAGGAGCAAGCGAGGAGAGAGAAGGAGGCAAAGCGCAUGAGCAUGAUGAGCGUGCAGAGCUGGGAGAUGAGUGAUGACAGCCGACCAUCGAGCCCGAACCUUGAGCGCGAUAUCAGGGAUAUGGAACCUACCUACAACGCCCCGCCUCCGAGGGACCUACCCAGCGCUUCAGAGCUGUCCAGCUACAAUUGGGGAGCUAGCGACGAUACGCAGUCAGCAACAUCAGUGUCUACGGUAGUUCCCUAUCCUCGCCCUACACCAGUUGCACAGGAGAAGAAGGCACGAGAAGUCCGUGACGAAGCACCAGUUAACGUGACGUGGGACAAGCCUGCUUCUGGCGACGUAUCUCCAGGUUCAAAGGAGAUCACUCAAUCUAGAGAUGCUCCACGAUACGGCGAAAGCAGCAGCAGCAAAGCCACCACUGCUACUCUUGCUGGAGGAUUUGCUGCACUCAUGGGUGCUUCUGCGAAACAGGAUCAAGACCGUAUAGCUGCGGAGCGCGAACAUGCUAGACAAGCCUUGGAGGCUGCAAGCAAGUACGCCCCUCGUCGAGAAGAGCCUACGUCCCCACCCAAUGGCACACGAUCACGCGACGACAACGACAAGACCAUCACAAUCCCCAAUUAUGCAUUUGAAGGCGUUGAGGAGCCCUCUGAUAACAAGACACCUCGCCGUAAGCUGGAGAAGAGGCAUAGCAGCGGCAAAUGGUCACCUACUGUUGGCUCUCCCCUGAGAUCCGAGAUGAAGUACGACGACUACUUGGGCCGCGCCGUCAAGUACAACUCCCCUGAGCAGACUCGCGUUGAGGCGCCAAAGGUUCCCACUCAGUCUGCCUUCGUACCCGCACCUGAGCCUCCGGCAUCGCGCAACAUUCAGGACUCUGGCUACUAUGCCCCUGAUGACCAACAACGCAAGCAGUCUGUGGAGCGGGACUCGGACGAGUUCUUCUCUGCUGGUUCGGAAGAAAGGGAGAGAGAGAAGUUAGAGAAGGCUCGUGAGCAGCUCAUUGAGAACUACAACGCAUACCCACCCAAGGCGCGAAGCGACUACGACGAAACCAGCACGUAUGUGACUGCUUUCAGUCGACCAGAUGACGAGGCAGAGACGGCCCGUAGCGAUCUUAUCGACAAACAUAACGCAUAUGAGCCUUUCUCGCGCAGCCAGCACGAUCAAGAUGAUGCUAGCACAUUCGUCUCUGCAUUCAGCCGACCUGAUGACGACACGAGCACCAUCAUCGCCUCGAGAAACGAAUACGACGAUGAUGAUGAUGUGCGAUCAACAGUCUCUUCACGAAGCAAGUACGAUGACGAUCCGGACCGUGAAGAAAGACGCCGUCGUCGUCGCGAGGCAAGAGCAGCUCAAUCUGGCAGCCGCGAACAAAGCCGCGACCGAGGCUACGAGUUGGGCGACGGUAGUGAGCGCAAGCGAAGACUUCGCCGCAAGGAAGCUGACGAAAGCGGCUACAUAUCGGACACAAAGUCAACCAUCUCCGAGGCUCGCUCUGAAGCCAACGGUGAACGCAGACGUAAGCACAAGCGAAGGGAGAGCGAAAGGGACGGAUCGACUGAGAGCAGGAUCCGUUCACGAUCGUCUGCUGCGUCUGAGCCCGGUGACUUGUACGAUGCUGAACGGAAGUCUUCUCGCAGAAAGUCGAAGCGUGAUGACGACUUCGAGGAUGGUGCAUCUAUGAUCUCUGCUUCUUCGCGUCGCGACGAAGAUCGAAGCAGCAGGCGCAAGGAAGAGAAGGAGAAGGAGAAGGAGAAGGAGAAGCGCUCAAGUGGCUUCUUUGGUCUCUUCAGCAGCAAGUCAAAAGAGAAUUUGGCCGAGUCAAGCAAGCCGUCCAAGUCCAAGUCUAGAGAUGACGAAGAUGGCGAGGACCGCAAGCAUCGCAGACGGAAGCAUAGGUCGGAUCGUGGCUCAACAUAUGGCUCGGAUGACGACGACGCAAAGUCAACUAUCUCGACUAGCAGCCGUAGUCACCGCGAGAAGAGGAGUAGCCGCUCUGCACGAGGAGAUGACAGAGAGAGGAGGGAUCGGGACGACGAAAAGGUACAUCGCUCUUCUUUGCGAUAGCACCACCGUGCAGGACAGAACGGCCAGUCUCCUGGUUAGCUUAAGGACACAACAGACCAAGACUUGUAUAACAGCAAACUCGUCAAGCUAAGCAUCGGACUGGACAACAUGUUCUGCUAGGUGGUGAUAGCGCUUUUCUACGCAUG